AUGAAUGCCCUUUUGCCGCCGGCACCUGCCCCAUCUGCCCCAGUGCCGUGCGGCACGGUCCAGCGGGGGCCGCCUCCGGCAAAGGCGCUAUCAGCAUUGGCCACUGCAGCAGUGCUGGCUUCCAGGGGCGAUAAGCUUGCAGGUUCGCGCUGCUGGACGCGCAACAGCGAUCCCUACAUUGCUCGCCGUGCGCGGGCAUCGCUCUUCGACACGCGGGUGGAAGAGUCGAGGUUGGAGCCUUUGGAUGAUCACGGCGCUGCUCGCGCGAAGGCCCUUCAUGGUUGCCUGCUUCACGUGCAAAGUGAGCUCGAGGCCCGGAUGUAUCCCGAUGGCAUCUGGCUACAGCACGGCGGCUACGUCGAUGGGAGCGCGCUGCACUCCUCGGGUAUCCCGGCAAAGAGUUCGGGAACGCUUCAGAGCCAAGCCAAAGAGGUGCUGCUCUGGUUCGCAUGUCGAGAAUGGCCCUACGCAGUCAUGACGAUGGCCAUUGGCCUUGGCGAAGGUCGCUUUUCCAUCGCUGGCGAGUGCUCGCGCACGCUGCUGCCGGACGCGCGCCGGCUCCAGGAGGAAGCCGUCGCUCUGAACCCGGGAGACAUUGUGGAGAAGAACGGCUUGGUUUGGAAGCGCUUUCCAGACAGCUGUUCGGCGUCUGGUGAGACUUGCGCUGUUGUCUCGGUCACCGUGCUGGGCUCUCAAUUUGCCAGCUUGGUGCCGAUUGAGCAGGACGAGAGGCAAACGCAGCCGCCUCUCCCGACGGCCGAAACGGUGAUCUCCUUCUUCACCGCCACUUUCGGGAGCAAGGUCAGAGGCAUCCGUGGUCGUUUGGAGGACCUGGGUGGUGCCAAACCACCGGUUGCCGACAGAAAGUUGUUCGAGCUGCUGGGCGUCGACCCAGAUGCCACCGCUGGCACGCUGCGACGUGCUUGGCGCCGACGUGCAAGACGACUGCAUCCGGACGCGUCGCCAGACGAGGCAGCAGCCUUCGCAGCACUCAAAGAGGCCUUUGAAGUCCUUUCGGAACCGACUCAGCGAGUUCGCUAUGAGGCUCUCGGCGCUGCAGGACUCCAGGAAUUCGAGGCUUCUCUCGAGGGAUUCACUACGGCCCUGUCGCUGGUUUUGGGUGCCUGGGCACUGCGGCCACUCCUUGGCGCUGUGGAUUCGCCUUUGGGCCUCGGGGCUGCGGCUUCCAAAAUGGAGGCCCCCCCUGAGGGAGUGGCGCAGCCUUCCCCUGUGGAGGCAGUGAUGUCAGCCCUCGAUGCGGAGCUUCGCUUGAUUCUGGACUGGCCAGAGGCAACUAACCCGGUUCUAGGAUUGAAGGUUGACUUUCGUCAACGGCGGGUGUCCGACUUUGUGGUUCUAGACCUUUGGGCGCGUACGGAGUUGAGGGUUGGUUCGGAGUUUUAUGAGGAGGUGGCAAAGAAGGCUGAGACCUACAGCGAUGCACCUCUGCAUGCUGAUGCGCACGAUGACGGACAGCUGGAGUUGUUCGGGCUGUUCAAAGUCUUUUCGAAGCAGAGCGAUCUUCCAGCAGACUUGGGCACCGUCCGUGCAGCGUCCGCCUCCUUUCAUCAUAUCUGCGCCAUUCGCAGCGACGGGCAGCUGACUUGUUUUGGAAAGUACGACUUGGGCCAGUGCGACGUGCCAGAAGAUCUUGGUCCAGUUCUUGAAGUUGCCGUCGGCUACGCCCACACCUGUGCUCUCAGGGCAGAUAGGCAGGUGAUCUGUUUUGGAUACAACGUACAGGGCUCUUGCGAGGUGCCGAAUGACCUUGGUGAGGUUCAGAGCCUUUGUGCUGGCACUUUUCAUACAUGUGUCAUUACAGUUGAGGGAAAGCUGGUGUGCUUCGGCGACAAUGAGCACGGGCAGUGUGAUGUGCCAAAUCUGGGGCGGCCCAUCCUGGGAGUGUCUGCCGGUUUCGGAAGCAACAGAUUUGGCCAAUGCGAUGUGCCAGAGGACCUAGGGUCGGUUCUCUCUGUGGCUGCAGGUGACUCCCAUACCUGUGCUAUCAAAGCAACAGGAGAGCUGGUUUGCUUUGGCAAGAACGACGAUGGCCGAUGCGAUGUGCCAAGUGACCUGGGAGCAGUUUUAGCAGUUGCGGCCGGGUACUCUCACACCUGUGCAAUACGAACCGAUGGUCAGCUGUCCUGCUUUGGAGACAAUGAGUGCGGCCAGUGUGACGUGCCGCCUAACUUUGGAACCCUUCUUGUCAACUAA